UUGUUAUUUGGCUCUCGGUCAGAGCAGUUUGCCCCAAUUUGAACUGGUGAAAAAAAAAGGAAAAGUUGCCUUUAAUUUUCGUUUUGCUCUGUGUUUCAGUGAAAAUAUUAAUUCUAGUGUUUUGUUCGAUUUCUGUGAAUAUAAUUCUAGCAAUAAUUUUUACAAAAAGUGCAACAUUGGCCUAAAUGAUGCCCGAAACUGAACGCGACUCGCAGUUGGUGGCAGCUGAAAUGGUAAGCGGUGCCCUGGGGCACGGUUAUGGCAUAGUCAAGGAUCAGCAGCAGCACCAUCAUCACCAUCAGCAACACCAGCACCAGCUGCAGCUCCAGUUGCAGCAGCAACAGCAGCAGCACUCGAUCAAUUCUACAGCCGAUCUCUACAAGAUGGCGACCAGCACCUAUGUGUACAGCAGUCCUUUGACCAUACCGCCCACAUCCGUGUCAUCGAUGGUCAGUCCGAGCAGCAAGGAGAAGCUGGUCAAUAUGCUGCGCGUGCGCGACAACAACAACUGCCACCAGAAUAUAGGCAGCCCGAUCUCCGCCAACACUCCCAACAGCUGCAGCCCACCAACCACAUUUCUACAGAAACAGCUGGAGGCCACACCCGCUAGACCCAGCUCAGUGCACCCACAGCUGCCACAGCAGCAGCAGCAGCAACAGCCACAGCCACAGCAGCGUCGCUCUGCCGCUGCCACAGCAGCCCCAACCAACUGGCACGCCCAUGUCUAUGCACGUCCACCCAAUCGUCCUACACCGCACUCCAUAGCCGACAUCCUGGGCAUGGCCGUGGGCGAGAAGGAUGUCUCGGAGACCGCCUUCGAUCCAACCGGUCCGGCCAAAUCGCCAAACACCAUUCUGCAACAGUACCAGGACCAGGCGCCCAUGCGCAGCGCCUCCAUCUCGAUGAGCGAUGCCAGCGAGGAGGAUGCCGGCUCUGUCAAUGCCGCUGCAUCUGGAGGAGGUGCAGCCGGAGCUUUAGCUGGAGGUGGGCCAACCGUAGCCGCAGUCGUAGCCACUCCGCUCGAUCAGCCAUUAAAUCUGUGUGUGGCCAAAAAGUCGCGCGAUGUUCAGAACAGCUCACCCAUGCCCUCAGCCGCCGCCACCAAGCAGAGUACACUCCUCGGCAAGACCAAGAAGGAGAACUCGGGCAAGCCGCCGGCCAAAAAGAAGAAAACUACGAACACCGCAACGUCGGUGGCAGCAACCACAGUGGCCAUGCCGCCGGACAUUAGCCCCACGGGCAGCAGCGACAGCCUGAUGCGGGACAAGCUAAUGGGCACCAGCACCAGUUCGUCGGCCAGCACCGUCGCCAAUGCCCUGCAGAUACCCAGCAAUAACAAUAGCAAUAUGGAGACCACCGAAGACGACUCCGACUCGGGCUCCACCGAUGCGCGGCGCAAGAAGAAGGCCCGCACCACCUUCACGGGGCGCCAGAUCUUCGAGCUGGAGAAGCAGUUCGAGGUCAAGAAGUAUCUCAGCUCCAGCGAGCGCACCGAGAUGGCCAAGCUGCUGAUAGUCACUGAAACACAGGUUAAAAUCUGGUUCCAGAAUCGUCGCACAAAGUGGAAAAAGCAGGAUAAUGUCACCAAUAAUGAGGCUGCCGAGCACAAAUCCACAAAUGCCAAUAAAUCGGGCGUAGGAAUCGAGCAGCAGCCUACGCCACCAACAACAACCGGUGGCAGUGCCGCUGCUGUGGAGAGUGCAGGCGCAACGGCCAUCAAAAAGUCUACAAAUGCCCAAGGAGAGAAAAUUCGCGGCAGCAACAACAACAACAAUAACAACAACAAUUCGGUCUCUUUGGCCAACAACAAUAGCGUUAACAAUGAAGGCAAGUUGCCAAACAAACAGACAACAUCAAAAGUUAAGAAACAAUUAAAUGCGUUGCUGGAAAAGGCAGCAAGAACAUCAAAUUCGAAUGGCGGAAGUGCCUCAAAUCGCAGCGAGAACGAGAAAGUGGAAAUGGCUGCCACCAAAGCCGGCGAGAAGCGUCAUCACCCAUCCAACAACAACAACAAUGUGGGAGAGUCCAAGUUGAUGCAUCAGCGCCUGCACCAGCAUGCCAUAGCGCUGACCGUGGAGCCGGCCGCCCCCUUAGAGCAGACUGAGAAGCUGGACAUCAAGCUGGAAGAGUCGCCGCAGCAUCGCGAGCUCCAGUUGAGCCUGCAGCGUGCUGCUGUGGCCGCCAAGGCAGCCGCUGCUGCCGCUCAGCAGAACGGCUGCAGUCCACCGCCACAGAAUGCUGCGCCUACGGCGCUCCUGACCGAAAUGGACUUCGAGAGCAGCCUGGCCGCCUCCAAGAUAUCCAUAGCCCUGUCUUUGGCCAGCAAACAGAUGAAGCAGGCCGAGGCCGAGGCCAAGGAGAAGCUGGUGAAGCAGGAAAGCGAGUCUGAGGACGAUGAGGAGACGUCCACCGAGCAUGGCGACUCCACAGAGGCACACGACUCCCAGGAUCAGGAUGUGUCGUCGAUGCGCGAGAUCUAAGCUGGGGGAUCAGUCACUCCGGAAACAGUCAAAUUAACCUGUGCCAAAAAGUCGAAUAUUGCUCACACCCACACACAAAAAACACACCAAACACACCAGACACACCCCUACCCAUACAUCUUUAAAUAUAAUUGUAAUUGUAAUUGUAACUAUAAAUAUAAUUUACUUAACACGUACGAUUGUAACUCUGUUCACCCCUAGGCGUGUGUAUUUGUAUUUAAUUUAUUGUAUGCUUAAGCGAUUUAGCCUAGGACUAGGACUGGGCCUUGUAAAUGUUGCCAUUAGAAACGCAUUUAUGUAAAUGUUUAAAUGGAGAGCCACUGCAGCCACUACGUAAAUGUAAUUUGAACUUUCGAAAAUUUCAUGUGAUAAUGUAUACGAUGGCGAGAGGAUAGAGGAUAGAAGAUAAAGAAUAAAGGAUAAAGGAUAGGGAACAGAAGAUACGCGUUGCCCGGAGGCAUA